AUGGGAAAGACGAGGUUCCUGGAGAACGGCACGAUCGUGGACGCCUCGGGAAAGAAAGUUACGCCGACUCUUAAUGCGGACGGGUCGUACACAGCAGGGGACCUGAAAGGGUGGAGCAACGGCACCAUUGUUGGCCCCACUGGCGCAUCGAUCUAUCUCGGCGCACCGCUCGCGCUCACCCCUGACGGCUCCGUUGGUUUUGUUGCCCCCAGCAGCAGCUACUCCUACAACUCGACCACCAACAGCCUGACGUUCGGCAAUAAUUACACGGUGACGUGGAGUGAGACAGGAUUCACCUCCGCCGUCGACUCGACGGGCGCGACUCUCAAAGGCUUCAAAAACCCCGCCGACGGUUCCGUCACUGUUGAUGGCGCGUACACUGCCUACACCAACGGCACGCUCAUUGGUCCUGGCAUUGUUGUGGUCGUGAAUGGACCGACUGCUGGGUUCAGCAUGGGAAAGACGACCCUCCUGAAGAACGGCACGAUCGUGGGCGCCUCGGGAAAACCAGUUGUGCCGACUGCCAAUGCGGACGGGUCGUACACUGCAGGGGACCUGAAAGGGUGGAGCAACGGCACCAUUUCUGGCCCCACAGGCGCAUCGAUCUAUCUCGGCGCACCGCUCACGCUCAACCCUAAUGGCACCGUUACUUUCGCCAGCAACGGUGGCGCUAGUGGCAGUGCUCCUUCUGCUGCUGCUCCUCCCUCUGCUGCUCCUUCUUCUGCUGCUCCUUCUCCCUCUGCUGCUCCUUCUCCUUCUGCUGCUCCUUCUUCUGCUGCUCCUUCUCCUUCUGCUGCUCCUUCUUCUGCUGCUCCUUCUUCUGCUGCUCCUUCUUCUGCUGCUCCGGCUCCUCCUCCUUCUCCUUCCCCUUCCGCUUCUCCGGCUACUCCUUCCCCACCCAAGGCUGCAGGUUUGCUUGCUACACCGGUCACUGCUCUCACUGCUGUCAUCACUCUGAUGCUUGGCACAAUCCUAUUCGUGUAA